AUGCAGGACGGCCUGUCCCGGCGCAUGGUCGACUGUCUGAUGGUGGAUCCGAGUGCAAUGGCAGAGCAGGUCAUGGAGCAGCGCAGAUCACUGCUGGGGUGGUGCCGGGAGGAGAUGAGGGAGCCGGAGGAGACCCUGCUGACGGCGCUAGAGGAGAAGCUGACUCAGGAGGCCGAGACUUUCCUGGAGACCUUUGGAAAGCGCUAUCAGUGUCACACCAUCUGCCAGGGAGCCAUGGACAGAGCCCGCCGAGACCACGCUGACUUUCUGAGGGAGAAGGACGGCCUGUCCCGGCGCAUGGACGACUGUCUGAAGGUGGAUCUGAGUGCAAUGGCGAAGCAGUUCGAGAAGCAGCACAGGUCACUGCUGGAGCGGUGCCGGGAGGAGCUGAAGGAGCCGGAGGAGACCCUGCUGACGGCGCUAGAGGCGGAGCUGACUCAGGAGGCCAAGACCUUCCUGGAGACCCAUGGAAAGCGCUACCAGUGUUGCACCACCAACGAGAGUGCCAUGGAAAGCGCCCGCAAAGACUAUGCUGCAUUUCUGAAGAAGACGAACAUGUUGACCUCGUCUCAGGAGCUCGAGGCGUGGCGCAAGAAGUUGCUGGAGCAGUGCCGAAGAGACAUGCUGCCGAAGAAAGAAUUCCCGCUGACAGACCUGGAUGCAGCACUGAUGUGGGAGAAAGAGGACCUGCUGAGGAGGCUGGAUGCAGAGCUGACACGGAUGCCUAUGCCCUUCCAGGAGGCGAACGGGAAGCACAUGAUUCUGCGAGUGGUCACCGCAGCUGCUGGUGGUGCUGGGGUCGCCGCAGCUGCCUUCUCUGGUAUUUUCAGACAGGAUAAGUGA